AAAUGUAAAUUUUGAAAUACAUAUACUUCCUGAAUGUUUCCAACUUUUUAUAAGUACCCAACAAUAAACUAUUACUUUUUUAUCUUCUUCUUGGAACUUUCCUACUAAAUUCAAUUAUAAAUAACGGUUUUUUGUAGUUUCUUGAAACCACUUUUCUGAAACGGAAAGCGGGUAAUGAAACAGCAUAGUUCUAAAGGAAAGCGUGUACUUGCAAAUAUUUAAUUUGAAAAUGCCUUUUGGAAAAUAGACAUAAUUUGGAAAUGUUUUUAUGGCUAGACAAAAUCUGUUUCCCUUUGCUACCAUUUUUCCUAGGGAUGUUAUAUUUUACACUUGACUGUACUUUUCUAAUAGGAACGUCUCUAAUCUUUGAAUAUUUGUUUUAUUUCAUUAUAAAAUAUGUAAUUUGUGCAUAGCAAAGCAGAUUUCAAAAUAAACAUUAUAUAUCAGUAACCUAACACGAGUAACACAUUCUGUCCUAUAUUUAUUUAAUUGAAAGAUCAAAAAAAUGGGAAAAGUAUAUUCUCUUCUUUUGCGACCAAUUCGUACAUUUAAUAUUACGAAUCGUGUAGAACGUGUUAUUUCGAAGGAUAAACCUACUCCUGCACCACAAUUUCCAUAUGUAAAGGAGCAGAAGGCAAUGGUAGACAAAUUGCAUCCUGAUUUUAUGGAAACUCAUUUGAAGAAGGAUGUGAACUUAGAUAAUCGAUUAAAGCAAGUUUUUGUUACCUCCGUAAGUCAAACGAGUCAGGCACCUUCAGGCACAAGUGAUGCACCUUCAACUAAACCAUUACCGCAAGACAGAAGUAUACAACCUACGUUUUCAUAUGGUGUUUACGAACCUUCUAUAAUUCCUGAAGGCAAGUGUACUUUGAGGCAGGCACUAGAGUUUAUUGCCCAAUACAAUAAAGAUCCUACUGAAAGUUGUAUAGACAAUAUUGCUCGGACGUACAAAUUAGAUAAAGAAGAAGUAGGAAAUAUCGUGAAACAUUUUACAGUGCCUAAUGUCAAAGUAAUGUCAAAGAAGGAAGAAGCAUCCAAAAAUGCUUUGAUUCAGUGGCUUACCAAAUAAUAGUUUUGUACAUAAGAAACUAACAUAAGUAUGUAGAUAGUAUGUAAAUAACAUGUAUUAAAGAAAUUGCUUAUGUCAA